GUGGUACAUAAUAAACAUAGCAUAAACUUUAAACAAAAGCAUUCACGACUGAUCAUUCAAGAAACAAAAAAAUGGCAAAUACAGUAGCGCAACUGGUAUUCAUCCCCACCCCUGGCGUUGGGCAUAUGAUGUCAGCGAUCGAAAUCGCAAAAUUACUCGUGAACCGAGAUCAACGUCUCUCGAUAACCGUCCUUAUUAUCAAGCCUCCUAGCUCGAGUUCAGGCUCACCUAUCACAACCUACAUCAACUCGUUAGCUAAAAAUACGUCGAGUCGUAUAUCCUUUAUUGAACUCCCUCAAGACGAAACCCCGCCAACAAACGACUCGAAAAAUCCCCUGACCUUCUACAAUGAAUUCAUCAGGAGUCAUUGCAAGUAUGUUAAAAAUGUUGUGACUGACUUGAUAAACCAACCGGGUUGCGGUAAGAUCGCUGGGUUUGUUGUAGACAUGUUUUGCACGUGCAUGAUGGAUGUAGCUAAUGAGUUUCACGUGCCAACAUAUGUUUUUUUUACUUCUAAUGCUGCUUUUCUUGGAUUUAAAUUAUAUACACAAACUUUAUGUGAUGAACAGAACCAAGACAUUAUCGAGCUAGCCCAUUCGGAUACCACAAUCUCGGUUCCAUGUUUUAUCAAACCGGUCCCGACCAAGGUCUUUCCUGUCGUGAUGAGGUCAACAGAGUUGUUGGACUUUGUUAUGAGGUCAGCUCGAGAGCUAAGAAAGGUAAAAGCCUUUAUGGUUAAUACGUUUUUGGAAAUAGAGACACACGCGAUUAAGUCCUUGUCUGAUGGCGUCAGCAUUCCACCGGUGUAUCCGGUAGGACCUAUAUUAAACUUGAAAGGUGCUUCGGGUGAUGAUAAACCUUUUGAAAAUGAUGAUGUCAUCCGUUGGUUGGAUAACCAACCGAAUUCUUCGGUGGUGUUUCUGUGUUUUGGAAGCAUGGGAAGUUUUGAUGAGAUUCAAGUGAAGGAGAUAGCGCGUGCUUUAGAGCAGAGUGGGCACCGUUUCUUGUGGUCCCUACGUCGACCUCCUUCGGAUCAAAAAUCAAGAGUUCCGGGUGAUUAUGAGGAUCCUGGAGUGGUAUUGCCAGAGGGAUUUCUAGACCGGACAAGUGGAAUCGGGAAAAUAAUCGGGUGGGCCCCCCAAGUAACGAUACUAGCUCAUCGUGCGGUGGGAGGGUUUGUGACCCAUUGUGGAUGGAACUCGUUGUUGGAGAGUUUGUGGUUUGGUGUACCCACCGCAGCUUGGCCUUUAUACGCCGAGCAGCAAAUUAAUGCGUUUGAAAUGGUGGAGGAGCUAGGAUUGGCGGUGGAGAUCAAAUUGGAUUAUAGAAAGGAUACGUUUAAUCCUAAAGGCGAUUCAAAUACAGUCAUUGUCACAGCAAAGGAAAUAGAGGGCGGAAUAAGACAGCUGAUGGAGGACGACAAGGUGAGAGCAAACGUGAAAGAGAUGAGCUACAAGAGCCGGGCAGCAGUGUUGGAGGGCGGUUCGUCAUAUGAAUCUAUUGGUUGUCUUAUUCAAGACUUUGUAAGAAACAUAUCCUAAUUUUAUUCUUGUUAUGUAGGUUUAUGCUUGUAACAUCAUAUAACGAAAGCAAUAUCAAUAUGUCUUAUCAGAUUUAGGAAUCAUGAGGACGUUCUUGUACUAUCUAUCUACAGUAUAUGUUUUUGAUUUUGAAA